GGCGGACCCCGGAUUCCAGAGGAAGGAUGACGCUGGCAUUCAUUUGAGAAGCCUCUCGACCUGCCAUUCCAAGCCGAUGGCCACCGGCGAGACCAAUUGCCGUGCCACUCAUUGCGCUGCGCGCCGGAGCGGACACUGACAUUUUCAUUGUACGUAUCCAUGGAAUCGCCCGCAAAGCUCCAGCUACUAGCGGCUCCAAGGGACGGGAGGCUCAGGCACUCGCUCGCCCAUCAGCCCCACCCCCUCGACACGGACACGGACGCAGACACCGACAACGGCGGUCAUCUUGGGCCCGAGGUACCGGUACCGCCGCCGCGACGGCACUUACUCGAGGUGGGACAAGGGACCCGGUACAGCUUAUUGCUGGCUGGUAUUCAACAGAAUCAACGAAAACUGUCGACUCGCCAGCCGCCAAUGUACGCGCCCCAAAGGAAAAAAAGUUCUGCCCCAACUCGUCUGGGCUGUCGACGCGCGGACGCCUCCGAUUGCCCUGUCCCACCGCUGCCCGCAUUGCAUCUGAACGCAGCGCAGCUUGUGUGUGAGGUCGCACGUCGGACUUUUGGAGUCAGCCGGUCACCGACAGUGCGCCAGCUCGUGGACACGAUUCGAUUCUACAGCGCUUCUAUAAUUCGUACCGCUGCUCAGAAGAGCGACUGAGCUGCUCAAUAGCCUCGACCGGCCAUCACACCCGUGACAAGCGAGCAAUUCCACAACCAGCCAUGGCUCAAGCUUCGACCAGCGGCGCAAAGGGCCAGCUGUCCGCCAACGACAACAUUCAGCGCUUCGCUGCCCCCAGCCGACCGCUCAGCCCCCUCCCCGAGCACGCUCUGUUCAACGACAAGACGCGAUGCUUCGUCUACGGCCUCCAGCCCCGGGCCGUCCAGGGCAUGCUGGAUUUCGAUUUCAUCUGCAAGCGCAAGACGCCCUCGGUCGCCGGCAUCAUCUAUACCUUCGGCGGCCAGUUCGUCAGCAAGAUGUACUGGGGCACUAGCGAGACCCUCCUGCCCGUCUACCAGGAGGUCAGCAAGGCCAUGGCCAAGCACCCCGAAGUCGACGUCGUGGUCAACUUUGCCUCCUCGCGAAGUGUCUACAGCUCCACUAUGGAGUUGAUGGAGAACCCCCAGAUCAAGACGAUUGCCAUCAUCGCUGAGGGUGUCCCCGAGCGUCGCGCUCGUGAGAUUGCCCACGUUGCCAAGAAGAAGGGCGUCACCAUUAUUGGCCCCGCCACCGUUGGUGGCAUCAAGCCCGGCAGCUUCAAGAUCGGCAACACUGGUGGCAUGAUGGACAACAUAGUCGCCUCCAAGCUUUACCGCAAGGGCUCUGUUGGCUAUGUCUCCAAGUCUGGUGGCAUGUCCAACGAGCUCAACAACAUCAUUUCCCAGAACACCGACGGUGUGUACGAGGGCAUCGCCAUUGGCGGUGACAGGUAUCCUGGUACCACAUUCAUCGACCACAUGCUGCGGUACCAGGCCGACCCGGACUGCAAAAUCCUCGUCCUUCUUGGCGAGGUCGGUGGCGUCGAGGAGUACAAGGUGAUUGACGCCGUCAAGCAGGGCAUCAUCACCAAGCCCAUCGUUGCUUGGGCUAUCGGCACUUGCGCCAGCAUGUUCAAGACCGAGGUCCAGUUCGGCCACGCCGGUUCGUUCGCCAACUCCCAGCUCGAGACCGCGGCGAUGAAGAACAAGAUGAUGCGCGAGGCUGGCUUCUACGUCCCCAACACCUUUGAGGACAUGCCCGCCGUCCUCAAGGAGGUCUACGACGGGCUCGUCAAGAAGGGCACAAUUGUCCCCCAGCCCGAGCCCGUGGUUCCCAAGAUCCCCAUUGACUACUCGUGGGCCCAGGAGCUGGGCCUCAUCCGCAAGCCCGCCGCCUUCAUCUCGACCAUUUCCGACGACCGUGGCCAGGAGCUGCUCUAUGCCGGUAUGCCCAUCUCCGACGUCUUCAAGGAGGACAUUGGCAUCGGCGGCGUCAUGUCGCUGCUGUGGUUCCGCCGCAGACUGCCCGACUACGCCUCCAAGUUCCUCGAGAUGGUCCUCAUGCUCACUGCCGACCACGGCCCUGCUGUGUCUGGCGCCAUGAACACCAUCAUCACUACUCGUGCUGGCAAGGACCUCAUCAGCGCGCUGGUUUCUGGUCUCUUGACAAUUGGCUCCCGAUUCGGUGGUGCCCUGGACGGCGCCGCCGAGGAGUUCACUCGUGCCUUCGACAAGAACCUGAGCCCCCGCGAGUUCGUCGACAGCAUGCGCAAGGCCAACAAGCUCAUUCCUGGCAUCGGCCACCGCGUCAAGUCACGCAACAACCCCGAUCUGCGUGUCGAGCUCGUCAAGGAGUAUGUCCUGGCCAAGUUCCCCAGCCACAAGCUCCUCGACUACGCCCUGGCCGUUGAGACGGUCACGACCUCCAAGAAGGACAACCUGAUCCUCAACGUGGACGGCUGCAUUGCCGUGUGCUUCGUUGAUCUGCUCCGCAACUGCGGUGCCUUCUCCACCGAAGAGGCCGAGGACUACCUCUCCAUGGGUGUUCUUAACGGUCUCUUCGUUCUCGGCCGUAGCAUUGGCCUGAUCGCCCAUUACCUCGACCAGAAGAGACUGCGCACCGGCCUGUACCGCCACCCGUGGGAUGACAUCACCUACCUGUUGCCCAACCUUCGCGAGGGCCGGCCUGGCGCUGAGGGCAGAGUGGAGGUCCAGAUGUAGGGUGUUUUGGCGGUCGAAUGAGCGUCGGCUACUUUACAAUGCGUAUUUGAUGACGGGUGAGGCGGAUAUGACUUGGGAAGGAAAGCGGAGACCUGUACCACGACCUUUAUACAUGUGGUGUUAGGAGGCUGCAGCCUAGGCAGCUCUCCACAUAAUUUUUUUGCCGUUAUAGACAUGACAUUACGCUUGA